UUCACACUCAUUCGUUUUGGAAGUGUGGUAUAUUUAUAAACCCUUUAUUAGUCUUUUAUCGAGCAAUGGCGAACUUUUGAUAAAUGUUAUGAUGUAUUUAUUAAUUAGUAAAAUAUCACUAGGUUGUUUGUCUUGUUUGAGCACGGUUAGCUAGCCAGGUUUACCAUGGAGGAAUCGGCGGAGGAGCUGUUAGCCAAACAGCAUCGCAAAGAGAAGAAAGACUUACAAGCUAAAAUCCAGAGUAUGAAAAAUGCAGUUCCUAAAAAUGACAAGAAGAGGAGAAAGCAGCUGACUGAAGACAUCGCCAAACUGGAAGCUGAGCUGAGUGAAAAACAUGAGAAUGAGCUUGCACAGUUACAGAACUCAGCUGCUGCAGAGAAGGUUGAUGCAGUUGCAGAUGGUAUUGAUUCCUUGAAUGUGGCUGAUGGAGAGCAAGCAGAUGUCAAGCAGUCCAAAGUAUCCAAGGCUCAGAAGAGACGGGAUAAGAAAGCAGCUUUGGAGAAAGAGCGAGAAGAUCGCAUUGCUGAAGCAGAAGUUGAGAACCUGUUGGGAUCUAGGCAUCAAGAAGGUCUAAAACUGAAGCAGAAGUUGGUUGGAAAGCAGCUGCAGAUUAACGAGAUCUCGUCUGAUGGGCACUGUAUGUACCGUGCGGUGGAGGAUCAGCUGACUGAACGGGGACGUUCUGUGGGGAUCCAGGAGCUCCGAGCUCAGACUGCUCAGUAUAUGAGGAGCCAUGAGGAUGACUUUCUCCCCUUCCUCACCAACCCCAACACUGGGGACAUGUACACUGCAGAGGAAUUUGAGAAGUACUGCACAGAUGUAGCAGAAACAGCAGCUUGGGGUGGCCAGUUGGAGUUAAGAGCCCUCACUCAUGUUCUUCAGUUACCAAUAGAAGUCAUUCAAGCAGACUCUGAUGCCAUUACCAUCGGUGAAGAGUAUACCAAGCCAGCCAUCACUCUUGUCUACAUGAGGCAUGCGUAUGGACUGGGCGAGCACUACAACUCAGUGGAGCCACUGAAAGAAGCGAGUGAAGUGAGUGAAGAGCAAGAGUGAACCAGCUUCAUAAAUGUCCUGUGCUGGAACUUUCCUCCGUUUAAUGGGGAGGAAAAAGAACAACACUGGGUUCGGUUCGCUCUAAAUCUAGACUAGACGCUGAACCGGUCCAGGUAUGAUUUUCAGGAGAAUGUGGGACCCAGGUGGUCAAUAUCGAGUAUGUUUAUAAUGUUGGCAGCAUAUUGCAGUAACUGUAUAAAUGGCAGUAAAUGUUCAUGUUAAAACAGGUCACAUGCUACAUGAUACUCAUCUUGAAAUAAAAUGGAUUUUUUAGAGGUGAA